AUGCAAUGUCAUCUCUCCGUGUUUUCCCAUAGCGAGUCAGACGGCAACCCUAGCACAGAAGAUGAAUCCAGUAAGGGGCAGGAGGAUUUAUCUCCCCAUCCGCUCUCCAGCUCAUCCGACGGCGUUACCAGCCUCAGCCUUCCUGGCCACAUGGAGCCUGUCUACAUGCAGCAGCUCGGAAACACUAAAAUAGCCUUGAGCUCAUCUGGCGUCCUGUUGAAUGGAAACCUCGUGCCUGCCAGUACCUCUCCCGUCUUCCUCAAUGGUAGCUCUUUUCUUCAGGGUCCCAACGGUGUCAUUCUCAACGGACUCAGCGUGGGGGCUUCACAGACAGUUACCUUAAAUUCACCCAAAACCACAUCGAGCGUUGUGAGCAACGGAGUGUCCAUUACUGACAUACUGUCGCCUUCAUCAGAAGAUGUUAAGGACUUCAAACUCCUUCAGGCUUCGGUCCCCAGUGCCACGGCAGCCACCUUCAGCGCCAGCAACAUCCCGGUCUCAUUCCCAGGAUUGAUACCGAGCUCAGAGGUGAAAAGGGAAAGCAUACAAACUGCUGCUUCCCAAGAUGGAGGUUCCGUGGUUACUUUUACUGCUCCUGUCCAAAUAAACCAGUAUGGCAUUGUCCAGAUCCCCAGUUCAGGAACAAAUGGCCAGCUGCUGAAUGGAAGCAUCGGUUUUUCUUCUCUGCAGCUGCCUCCUGUUUCUGUGGCAGCUUCAGAAGGUAAUGUUACAGUAAAUGCCAGCACAUCUGAUGGAGGAACUUUUACGACCGAGACUUCGACAAUGCAGCAAGGAAAGGUUUUCUUCAGCCCCCUCGCUCCAAGUGCAGUUGUUUAUACAGUUCCCAAUUCGGGCCAGGCAGUAGGCUCUGUCAAGCAAGAAGGACUGGAAAGGAGCCUUGUGUUUUCUCAGUUGAUGCCAGUCAGUCAGAACACGCAACUCAAUGUAAACAUGUCUUCUGAAAAUAUAUCCAGCGGAGGACUCCAGUCUCUGGCUUCCUCGUUAGUGAAUGUAACACCCUCACAUAACUUUUCCCUCACGCCACCGACUCUUUUAAAUGCUGCAGAACUGAACUCUGGGAGCUCGGAGAGCCAGUCCAUGUCAUCGCCCGUGACCAGUACCUCUACUGUGAUAUCUAUCAGCAACGCUAACUAUGCAACCCUUCAGAACUGUUCCCUCAUUACCAGUCAAGAUCUCUUGUCCAUUUCUGCAGCGCAGCCCGCACUUGGAGAAAUAGUUUCAACGAGCGGAGACCGUGUCAGCCACCCCUCCGCACAGGUACAUCAAGAUUUUGUCAGAGAGCACAGGUUACUUCUGCAAGCCGUACCUGACAUCAAAGAGAAUUUCUUACCUACUUCUGAGAGUAAGUCAACUGGCAGUUUAAUGAUGCUGGAUUCGAAAUCCAAGUAUGUUAUGAGUAACAUGGUUGACACGGUUUGUGAAGAACUGGAAACAGACAAAAAAGAACUUGCCAAACUGCAGACAGUUCAGAUCGAUGAAGAUAUGCAAGACUUAUAA